AUGCUGUUGGCCGGCCUAUCCAUGAGUCUAAACAAUAUAAUCAAUUCGAUUGAUAAGUAUUCGCCGCCCAAACAAUCGACAUAUAAGCGCCGUAAGCAUAUGGUAUCGGUGCUCAACACAGUGACCAACUGUGCCGCUAUGGCAUCAUUUAUUGCCGGUGGUAUAGGAGUCUAUGGUUCGGGUAAGCCAUCAUACGACCGGCUUUCCCGUGACUACUGUAAUCCAAUACUCUAUUUGUUUGCCUUUUGGUCGCUAAACUUGUCGUUCAUAUUCAUGACAUUAAUUGGUUGCAUACUAACCGUCGGGUUUGCCAUUAAAUUCAUUAGAACUCCAUAGUAAAGAUACCUAACCAACAACAAAAAAACUACCUGUCCUUCAAUUGUGUCAACAACAAAAAACAAACAAAAACAAA